AUGGGAGUACCGGCUUUUUACAGGUGGCUUGCAGAUCGGUACCCGCUCUGUAUUGUGGACGUGGCUGAGGAAGAGCCCAGGGAGGAUAAAAAUGGGGUGUCAAUACCUGUUGAUUUAUCUAAGCCUAAUCCUAAUGGCGUAGAGUUUGAUAAUUUGUAUUUGGAUAUGAAUGGUAUUAUUCAUCCCUGUUUUCACCCUGAAGGCAAGCCUGCACCUACCACGUAUCAUGAUGUAUUUAAAUCAAUAUUUGAUUACAUUGACCACGUUUUCUCUUUAGUUCGCCCACGAAAGCUCCUUUUCUUGGCAAUUGAUGGAGUGGCUCCUAGAGCUAAAAUGAACCAGCAAAGGUCUCGUCGUUUCAGGGCUGCGAAAGACGCUGCAGCGGCUGAAGCUGAAGAAGAAAGAUUGAGGCAAGAGUUUGAACUUGAGGGGGCAAAUUUGUUGCGUAAAGAGAAGCCCGAAACAUCUGAUUCUAAUGUCAUCACCCCUGGCACUGAAUUUAUGGCAGUGCUUUCUGUGGCCCUUCAAUAUUAUAUACAAUGUAGGUUGAACCGCAAUCCCGGCUGGCGCUUUACAAAGGUUAUCCUGUCUGAUGCUAAUGUUCCUGGUGAGGGAGAGCACAAAAUUAUGUCCUACAUUCGAUUACAACGGAAUCUUCCUGGCUUUGAUCCAAAUACCAGGCACUGUUUAUAUGGUCUGGAUGCAGAUCUGAUCAUGUUAUCUCUAGCUACACAUGAAGUCCAUUUCUCAAUAUUGAGGGAGGUGAUCACUCUGCCCGGCCAGCAGGAAAAAUGCUUUCUCUGUGGUCAAGCUGGUCAUUUGGCUGCGGAAUGUCGGGGGGACCAAUCUCACGAUGCAAAUGGGAAGUUGUUAAAUGACAUUCCCAUUCAUAAGAAGAAGUAUCAGUUUCUCAACAUCUGGGUACUGCGAGAAUAUUUGAGAUAUGAUAUGGAGAUUCAGAACCCUCCAUUUAAGAUUAACUUUGAAAGGCUGGUGGACGACUUUGUGUUUUUAUGUUUUUUUGUUGGCAACGAUUUUCUUCCUCAUAUGCCUACCUUAGAAAUUAGAGAGGGUGCCAUUAAUUUGCUCAUGUUUGUUUAUAAAAGGGAAUUCACAGCCUUGGGUGGUUAUCUUAUUGAUGCGGGUGAGGUUUUCCUAGAUCGAGUAGAGCGCUUUGCUCAAGCAGUUUCCAUCUAUGAAGAUCAAAUCUUUCAAAAGCGAACUCGAAUACAGCAGGCAUAUGAGAAUAAUGAAGAGAUGAAACUUAAAGCAAGAGGAGAAGUUAAUGUAGAGCCACGGGCAUCAGCAACUGACAAGGUGAAACUGGGGGAGCCUGGGUACAAAGAAAGGUAUUAUUCUGAGAAAUUUGGUAUAUCAGAGCCGGAAAAGAUUGAUGAAGUUAGAAUGGAAGUGGUUUUAAAGUUCGUGGAAGGAUUAUGUUGGGUUUCCCGCUAUUAUUUCCAAGGUGUAUGCUCCUGGCAAUGGUACUAUCCGUAUCAUUAUGCUCCAUUCGCAUCUGAUCUUAAGGGCCUCUCUGAUUUAGAGAUACUGUUUUCUCCUGGGAAGCCAUUUAAACCCCUUGAUCAGCUUUUAGGAACCUUGCCUGCUGCAAGUUCUAGUGCUCUCCCUCAAAAGUACAGGGGAUUGAUGACGGAUCCUUCGUCCCCUAUUUAUGACUUCUACCCAACUGAUUUUGAACUUGACAUGAAUGGAAAGCGUGCCGCAUGGCAGGGUGUUGCCAAAUUACCAUUCAUUGAUGAGAAUAAAUUGCUUGCGGAGACGAAGAAGCUUGAGGACACCUUGACGGAGGAAGAACAAUUUCGGAAUAGCGUGAUGUUUGAUUUACUAUAUGUCCAUCCUCUUCAUCCUUUGGCUGCCAAAAUUACCUUGUAUUAUCAUCUUUCUGACAUAGAGAAGUCGCCAUGGAUAAUUGAUACGAAUGCCAGUGGUGGAAUGAAUGGAUAUUUUUGGUUGACCAAGCGGAAUGGGUUGAAACAAGUAGUUCCUUCCCCAAUCAAUGAAUUGGAAGACAUUAUGGAUAAUCAAGUUCUAAAUGUUACCUAUCUUUAUCCAACUCCACAUGUACACAUCCCAGAGCCUCCUAAAGGUGCAGUCCUACCCGAAAAGGUUGUGAGACCUACGGACAUAAAACCGUUCCCCAUACUAUGGCACGAAGACAAUGGUAGCAGGCGUAUGCUAGGCAGAGACAGGCCACAAGCAUCCGGCGCAAUAUCUGGUCCUACAUUGGGAGGAGCUGCUUAUCGUCUGGUUCAUAACACACUGAACAUUAAAUCCAAUCACACAGACUAUGGAAUUUCAGAGCAGGCAGCUUAUCGCAAUGCGAAUGGCAACCGUGUAGCGAACAGACCGAGGCCAGCUGGACCGCCUGGCUACGAAAGGGGCUUUUCCAAUGGAACAUCUUAUCAUAAUUCUUCAAACCAUCAACAAAACAAGCCUAGAACAUCUGGUCAAUCUGGGUAUGACCGGGGAGCUGGUCGAAAUGUGGAAGGAAGAGGUUAUUUGGAUGAUCCGAAUUUUCUACAUGGAAAGUUCAAUCCUCGAGGACCAAUGGAAGGUGCUAGAUAUGGUCUCUCCUCCAACAAUGUACAAAACAGGCAAAAUUUCAAGAUGCAACCAAGUCAGGAGCUAUAUCAUGAUUUAAGAAAUGGCAUUUAUAAUUUGACUACAGAAGAUGGUGACGGAACGAGGCCACCAAAUUCAGGUUCAGACUUGAGCAAAUCCCACUCUAGGAACCUGCUCGAAGUUGGAAAUGGAGAUCUUGGGUACCAGUGGGCUGCUUGUGUAUUGGUUUCUCUGGGAAAGUAUAUCAUAUGGAGUGAUGGAGAAGUGUUGGAGAGUUUUAAGUCCAGCCUUCGUUUUACUAUAAUAUUCCAGGGAUACGAUGCAAUUAUGCAGCAAAGACUUUUCAGGGAUGUGGAUUUCUAUGUUUUUGGGUCCACACGUUUUAUAUAG